GCUUCGCAGCUCAAAACAUCACUUAACGUCGCAGUUUUGAUCAUCCUUCUCACCUCGGAGAAGCAGAGCGAGGUCAGGAACUCUUUGAAAUUUAGGACUGAGAAUCUAAGAAAAGAGCUCAUGGAGUUGGUUUACGGGAAUUUAGCUAAUUAAAAAGCGGUAACUGAACCACUCUCUCUCUUCUGUUCAUCCACACAAGAACAAAGAGAGAGAGUGUGUUGCACGAGAAGCUCAUGACAGCUCAACUCGGGAACAAGUGAGAUGAAACUGGGCAGGAAAACACUGGAGCGCCGCGAGAAAACACAGCCUCUCUCCGUCAAUCUGGAACUCCCUCCCAGCUAAAGGAUGAUGGGAUACAGCCAGGGAUGUGUGUGUGUUUCAGAAAGACGGUCCCACUCAGCAUGUCCAAUGCUAUGUUCCUCCUGAUGCUGUGUAAGAUUGGUGUGAGAGGAAAACUGCAGACUUCUCCGAGGAAAAUGCUAAACACUGCUCUGAGUGAUGAGGAGAAGGGCAUCCAAGACAAGGAAAGCAAGGAAGAGUCCAUUCUGGCCAUGCUGGGAAUCAUUGGGACGAUCCUGAACCUCGUCGUCAUCAUCUUCGUCUACAUCUACACCACCCUGUGACAUCCACCAGAAUUAU